CUCAAGGAGGUGUGGAUCCAGCUGUUAGCCCGACCAGGCUAUCGGGUCGACUCCACCAAUGACAUCGGCCUCAACCAACUCAGACUCUCUCUCUCUCUCUCUCUCUCUACAGCGGAGGUUAUCAUCUCGGAGCUUCUUCCUUUUGCGUCACCUCAAUGAACCGACACCGCCUCUCGACCUUCGGGCUUCCCUCUAAUAUCCCUACCUUCUGGCAGUCUACUACGGAUGUCCCUCUCUCUUUUCGGAUCCGGCAGCUGGAGGUGCCGAUCCUCGACUUGGGCAAGUGGGCAGGGUGGUGGAAUGCGUACGUCACGCUUAGCUUCUGUCUCCUCGAGGUGGUGUUCCAUUGGGCGGAGCCGGCGGACAAGGACGAGGAGGACGAGGUUCCUGACGACGAGGUGGAGCUGCUGAUCGUCCAAGCCUGGAGAACGGACAUGGAGGGAGAACUGUUGGGGAUUCUAUUCGGGAAGGUGAGGGACGACCACCUGAAGCCAAUCACGAGCGAAGACUCGGUGUUCCUUGCGCAGCUCCUGGACGAUCUGCCUCUGGAUAUCAUUUUGCGCUGCGACGAGUGGCCCACGGUAGCAACGCUUACCCGUACAUUGGUACCGCAUCUAUUGUGGUCCAGGUGUACGGAGCUUGACGGUGACAACUGCUACUACCCCUCUUCAGGCCACUACUUGGUUAUUGAUGUGACCGAUCUCACCUUGUGGGAUCCAGUCAUCCGAAGAGUGAAGGUGGGAGGAGAAGCAAAUGACGAGGAAGUAGAGGAAGAAGGAGAGGAAGAGAGCGAUCGAGAAGAAGGAGAUUCGGAGGCCGGAUCGGACGAGCUAGAUUAUCACGAAUCGGAGGAAGACGGGUCGGAGUAGGGAGGAAGAUGAAGCAACAGCUCAAAGGCGACGAGA